CCUUACAGGCCCUUCGGCGCCUGCGUAUUCGUGAAGUGUGAGAAAAGCGCGCGACUGUUGGGACGGGAAAUCAGCCUUUCUAUUGGUCAGGGUUAGAAACCCCGCCUUUGAGUCAUUUUCAACCAAUGGAAGCGCGGCAUUCUUCAUUUAAACUGUCUAUAAAUUUCUGCUUAGUCAGAAUUAAGAGUGGCGCCAGGGAUUUGAACCUCGCUUACGAGAUUUGGUGAUCCAUCUUCAGAGUAUCGCCAGGAUUUUGAAUCGCGAUGAUCAUCCCUUCCCUAGAGGAGCUGGACUCCCUCAAGUACAGUGACCUGCAGAACUUAGCCAAGAGUCUGGGUCUCCGAGCCAACCUGCGGGCAGACAAGUUGUUAAAAGCCUUGAAAGGCCACGUUAAACAUGAGGCAAGAAAAGAAAAUGAGAAUCAGGAUGAAAGUCAAACUUCUGCAUCCUCUUGUGAUGAGACUGAGAUACAGAUCAGCAACCAGGAACAAGCUGAGAGAGAGCCAACUGGCCAUGUCACCAAAACAAGGAGAAGGCGCAGGACUGUCCGUGUGGACCCUGACUCGCAGAAUCAUGAAAAGCAGGAAAACCAGGAUCUCGGAGCUACUGCAAAUGUUCCUUCUCCACCAGAUGAGCACCAAGGAGCUGAGAAUGCUGUUUCCUCAGGUAACAAAGAUUCAAAGGUACUUUCAAAAAGAAAGAAAUCUGUCUACACAGAUGAGUCAUCCAAACCUGGAAAAAAUAAAAGAACUGCAAUCACUACUCCUACUCCAAACUUUAAGAAGCUUCAUGAAGCUCAUUUUAAGGAAAUGGAGUCCAUCGAUCAAUAUAUUGAGAGAAAAAAGAAACAUUUUGAAGAACACAAUUCCAUGAAUGAUCUGAAGUCAAGUGGUUUUAUUUAUACGCUAGACACAAGUUACUCUUGCCACAGUACUCAUGUCUUGUACUCUGCGGUCCUAUUUAGGUUUUCAGCUGCUACUAAAGAUAAUGAGCAUAAGCGUUCACUGACCAAGACUCCAGCCAGAAAGUCUGCACAUGUGACCGUGUCUGGGGGCACCCCAAAAGGUGAGGCUGUGCUUGGGACACACAAAUUAAAGACCACCAAGGGGAAUUCUGCUGCUGUUAUUACCCCAUUCAAGUUGACAACUGAGGCAACGCAGACUCCAGUCUCCAAUAAGAAACCAGUGUUUGAUCUUAAAGCCAGUUUGUCUCGUCCCCUCAACUAUGAACCACACAAAGGAAAGCUAAAACCAUGGGGGCAAUCUAAAGAAAAUAAUUACCUAAAUCAACAUGUCAACAGAAUUAACUUCUACAAGAAAACUUACAAACAACCCCAUCUCCAGACAAAGGAAGAGCAACGGAAGAAACGCGAGCAAGAACGAAAGGAGAAGAAAGCAAAGGUUUUGGGAAUGCGAAGGGGCCUCAUUUUGGCUGAAGAUUAAUAAUUUUUUAACAUCUUGUAAAUAUUCCUGUAUUCUGAACUUUUUUCCUUUUGUAAAUUUUUUUUUUUUGAUGUCUUCCCCACUUUAGUCACGAGAUCUUUUUCUGCUAACUGUUCAUAUUCUAUGUAGUGUCCAUGUAUGUAGUGUCCGUGGGUUCUUCAUGUGCUAUGAUCUCUGAAAAGACAUUAUCACCUUAAAGCUCACAUUCUUUGGGAUGGUUUUUACUUAAGUCCCUAUACAAUUCAGGUUUCUAAUGAGAUACAUCCUAAAAUUCUGUUCCUAGAUUUUUAAUGUCAAGUUCCCCCUGCUGGUUCUAAUAUUAACAGAACCGCAGUCUUCUGCUAGCCAAUAGCAUUUAUCUAAUGGCAGCUAGUUAUACAAGCUUCAGGAGAAUUUAAACAAUAACAAGAAUAGGGUAAGCUGGGAUAGAAAGGCCACCUCUUCAGUCUCUGUAGGAUAUAGUAACCUUUAUGAAACGGGGCCAUGAUUUGGUUAUGACAUCAAUAUUUUACCUAGGUGAAAUUGUUUAGGCUUGUGCAUCUUUGUUCAAAUAGCCUCAUGUAAUUGCCAUCUGUCACUCACUAUAUUUGCAUAAAUAAAACUCUACAACUCAUUCUAACAUUGCUUACUUGAAAGCUACAUAGUCCUAUCGAAAUGUGAGGAUUAAUGCUUUAAUGCUUUUAGAGACAGGGUUUCACUAUGUUCACCCACAUGCCCUGUGUUGAGGCUGGUCUCAAACUCCACCAAAUGUACUUAUUCAUUUUAUGGAAAAGACGAGGCUUUGCUUAGUAUCAUGUCCAUGUUUCCUUCACCUCAGUGGAGCUUCUGAGUUUUAUACUGCUCAAGAUUGUCAUUAAUAAAAUUUUUUCUCUUUGU